AUGUCCUGGCUGAGCAACCAGACCUCGGGCGGCGACUUCGUCCUCCUGGAUCUGUUCCGUGUCACCCCGGUGCCCUGGGUCCUGUUCACACUCACGGUGCUGGUCCUCCUGGUGGCCCUGCUGGGCAACUCCGUGAUAAUCAUCCUCAUCUGGGCCGACCCUCUUCUCCACACGCCCAUGUACUUUCUGCUCAGCCAGCUGUCCCUCAUGGACCUCCUCUACAUCUCCACGUUUGUCCCCAAGAUGGCCCUGGUCUUUCUGUCUGGGGACCGUCGCAUCUCCUUCAUUGGGUGUAGCCUCCAGAUGUUCCUUUUCUAUGUCCUUGUUGGCUCCGAGUGCCUGCUGCUGGCCGUGAUGGCCUAUGACCGCUACGUGGCCAUCUGCCAGCCUCUGCGCUACCCCGUCCUCAUGCGUCCCCGGGUCUGUGCGCUCCUGGUGCUGGUGACCUGGCUGGGUGCGUUCUUCAACGCCUUGAUCCAUGUGGCCUACACUCUGACUCUCCCUUUCUGCGCCUCCAGGGAAAUCCAUCACUUCUUCUGUGAGAUCCCAGCGCUCCUGAAAGUGGCCUGUGCUGACACUUCCCAGUAUGAAAAGGGUGUUUUUGUCAGUGGUGUGAUUUUUUUCCUCCCUCCCAUCUCAGCCAUUCUGGGCUCCUACGGCAGCAUACUGUCCACCGUGCUGGGCAUGGGGUCAGGCCAGGCUCUUAGGAAAACCUUGGGUACCUGCUCUUCGCACAUGACUGUGGUGUUGCUGUUCUACGGGGCUGCCAUCACCAAGUACCUUCUGCCAAAGUCCUACCACUCCUCUGGGCAGGAAGAAGUGGUCUCCGUGUUCUACACCAUCAUAACCCCCAUGCUCAACCCGCUCAUCUCCAGCCUGCGAAACAAGGACGUCACUAGAGCUUUCAGGAACGUUUUCAGGGUGUGA